CUUCUUCUAAAAAAAAAUGAAGCUAUGGGGAACGAUAGGGGAAAGAUAGGGAAAGACCGGCAGUCAGAUCAGCUGCGCAGGCGAAAAUUCAUUAGUUGCAGCAAUAGUAGGCUAUCGAAUUACAAUCAAUUGGUUAAUUUCUUUCAGAAAGUUUUCAAACUCUGCUUCUACACGCUUUACCUAUUUAUUCCGGUCAUCAUUUUCACAUGCUAUUUUACUCUCCGACGACACUUCAAAAUGGCCCACUACACGGAUCGAAUCAGAAAAUUGCAGAAUAAAAUGUCGAAUGGACUCCUUUUACAGGUUACUCUUUCAAACGAGAUCUAUCUUAACCCCUUCAAUCCUUCAACACAUCGGAACAUGAAUUUGGGCCCAUCCUUAUCAUUUCAGAUAACUUUACAAAUAACCAUUUGUUUUAGGUUAUCCUACACUUUGUCGCUAUCGCACUACUUGCUUCUGUAG